AACGCCAACGAUUUACUAGUAUCUGUGAUCAGAAGAUUUCGAAAGGAACGGGAGCCUUCGUUUUAGUUUUUAUAGUUUUGUUUAAGAAAAUUUCUUUUUUAUGUUCCUUUUUAUAGACAAUGCAUAUGCAAGAUGAUGUCUGAUCAGUUUAGAAAGGUAGAGCCUUAUUCACCGAAGUCCUCGCCUCGAGGAGCGAGGUCGCCAGUAGUUUCUCGUCAAGAUUCUUCUGGGACCCUCAAAACCACUAUUUCACUGGGCAAGAACCCGUCAAUAGUGCAUAGUGGGCCUUUCUAUUUGAUGAAAGAACCUCCGGGAGAAUGUGAACUCACAGGAGCUACAAAUUUAAUGGCCUAUUAUGGACUAGAACACUCGUAUAGUAAAUUUAAUGGAAAGAAACUUAAGGAAUCACUGUCGUCAUUCCUCCCAAACCUGCCUGGUAUCGUCGACGGUCCAGGACAGGAAGACAACAGUACACUAGGCUCAGUAAUAGCUAAGCGACCAAUAGGGGGUAAGGAACUCUUGCCGUUGACAAGUGCACAGUUAGCAGGCUUCAGAUUGCACCCCGGACCCUUACCAGAACAGUAUCGCUAUGUGAGUGCCACUCCACCGAAGCGACACAAGAGUAAGCAUAAAAAGCACAAGCAUAAAGACGGAGCACCUCCUGGACAGGACACACCAUUACAAGAUUCAAACCCAGACACAUAUGAGAAAAAACACAAAAAGCAGAAACGGCACGACGACGAUAAAGAGCGUAAGAAGAGAAAAAAGGAGAAGAAAAGAAAAAAACAGAAGCAUAGUCCAGAGCACGGCGGCCUCACACCCAACCAGCAUCCUGUGCCCUAGACUAGAUUAAAAAUAGUUAUUUA